UGGGCUGUUCCCUGCCUGGACGACACAGGACUGCUUGACGGGUUCCCUCUGCGCGCGACCACUCCUGCGCUCCCAGCCUCCCAGCUCUACCGCGCACUCGCAGCUCCCUAGCGACACCAGUCAUCAAGCUGGUAGAGAGAGUAGGGGUGCGCAAGUGGGAGGCUUCUCCCUCGGGAACCUGGGAGAUCCCUGCCGCCAGCAGGGGCCGUGGCACCGCCCGCGCGGGGACCCACGCUUCGAUCCAGCAUCUUCCCAACUUCGCAGUGCCUUCAGGCCAAGGCCGUCGGAAUGGAUCGGUCACCCCGCAACCGGCCGCUGCUGGACUCAUCAUCGUCGUCGCUGGACAGCGGCUCCCUGACCUCACUGGACUCCAGUGUCUUCUGCAGCGAGGGCGAAGGGGAACCCUUGGCCCUGGGGGACUGCUUUACGGUCAACGUGGGCGGCAGCCGCUUCGUGCUCUCUCAGCAAGCUCUGUCCUGCUUCCCGCACACGCGUCUGGGCAAGCUGGCAGUGGUGGUGGCCUCCUACCGCCGUCUGGGUGCCCUGGCUGCCGCCCCGAGCCCCCUGGAGCUUUGCGAUGAUGCCAACCCGGUGGACAACGAGUACUUCUUCGACCGCAGCUCUCAGGCGUUCCGCUAUGUCCUGCACUACUACCGCACAGGUCGCCUGCACGUAAUGGAGCAGCUCUGCGCGCUCUCCUUUCUUCAGGAGAUCCAGUACUGGGGCAUCGAUGAACUCAGCAUUGACUCCUGCUGUAGGGACAGAUACUUCAGAAGAAAAGAGCUGAGUGAAACUCUUGAUUUUAAGAAGGACACAGAUGACCAGGAAAGUCAACAUGAGAGUGAACAGGACUUCUCACAAGGGCCCUGCCCCACUGUCCGACAAAAGCUCUGGGAUAUUCUAGAGAAACCUGGGUCUUCCACAGCAGCCCGGAUCUUUGGAGUAAUCUCCAUCAUUUUCGUGGCAGUGUCAAUCGUCAACAUGGCCCUGAUGUCAGCUGAGCUAAGCUGGCUUAACCUCCAGCUGCUGGAGAUCUUGGAGUAUGUGUGCAUCAGCUGGUUCACCGGCGAGUUCAUUCUGCGCUUCCUGUGUGUGAAAGACAGGUGCCACUUCCUGAGGAAGGUUCCAAAUAUCAUAGACCUCCUUGCCAUCUUGCCCUUCUACAUAACUCUUCUGGUGGAAAGCUUGAGUGGCAGUCAUACCACACAAGAGCUGGAAAAUGUGGGCCGUCUGGUCCAGGUUUUGAGGCUCCUAAGAGCUCUGCGCAUGCUAAAGCUGGGAAGGCAUUCUACAGGAUUGCGCUCACUUGGGAUGACAAUCACCCAGUGCUAUGAAGAAGUUGGCCUACUGCUCCUGUUUCUAUCCGUGGGGAUUUCUAUAUUUUCAACAAUAGAAUACUUUGCAGAGCAAAGCAUUCCUGAUACAACCUUCACAAGUGUUCCUUGUGCAUGGUGGUGGGCCACAACAUCCAUGACUACAGUAGGAUAUGGGGACAUUAGACCAGACACCACCACAGGCAAAAUCGUGGCCUUCAUGUGUAUUCUAUCAGGAAUCCUUGUCUUGGCUCUGCCUAUUGCCAUUAUUAAUGAUCGAUUCUCUGCUUGCUACUUCACCUUGAAACUCAAGGAAGCAGCAGUGAGACAGCGUGAAGCUCUCAAGAAGCUUACCAAGAAUAUAGCCACUGACUCAUACAUUAGUGUUAACUUGAGGGAUGUCUAUGCCCGGAGCAUCAUGGAGAUGCUUCGAUUAAAGGGCAGGGAGAGAGCAAGUACUAGAAGCAGUGGUGGAGAUGACUUCUGGUUUUAAGUUUACCUUCAACUUAUUUACAAAAGCUAUGUACAUUUGACAGGAAUGAUGAAGCCUUGCUGCUAUGGAUAUCUGUAUAUUGAUGAUGACUUUCUUGAGCACUUCUCAUCUUCUUUCUGAUGUAUUGAUUUCCUAGAAUAUUUACCAUCUCCUGUAGCAAGUCCUGAUUAUUUUGACACACGUGUCUUCAACGUAGCCAAUUAAUACAAUCGAAAAAUCAUUUGGGAAAGGAAACACGUAUCUGAAUUUUCAAAUAUCAAUUAAUAUAAUUUCAUAUAUCAAAGUUUAAAGAUUCAUGUGUCAUUAUUUUUGGGCUUUCAUAAAUACCUCAUUUUCUGUUUUUAAUGGACAUUGAACUGUACAGUCCAGAGGAGGGGAAAUGAGUGAACAUUUAAAAACACACUGAAGAUAUAGUUGCCAUUUAAAGAUAUUCUCCAAAUAAAUUACUUCUUUCCCUAUCAAUUAAAGCCAUUAAGUAUAAAAAUAAGCUUUGCAAUCAAACACUUACGCUUAGUAGCCGCAGUGUGUACCUCAUCUUCCAUCAAGUGCAAGUCACUGGGUCCAAUUGACCAAGCUCUGCCCUUCAUGUGUUCAGCUGUAAGAGGAAACCUCACACUGCAGAAGAGUGCAGUAGGUGAGACUUCAAGUGCCUAGACAGCUUCAGCAUUCCAGCUGAGUGUGAUGUGUGAAGAAGAACACAGCAUAGCUCUCUAGGAAAAUUAAAUGAUUUAUAAAACAUCUCAUUAUGGAUGAAUUAUUUAAGCUAUGCUUUCAAAAUCAUGAAUAUGUAAAACUGAAGUAGUAAAGAUCCUAAAUGUAUUCAUCAGAAAGAUGAGAUAGUCUUUACAUGAGUGGAAACAUGUUAGAUGAUAUCAUUAGAUGAACAUGAAGAUCUUUUUAUUUGUUAAAAAAAUGUUGUCAGAAGCUUUCUGACUGUUGAGGUAAAUAACAAAUGUUCAGAUGUCACAGGCACUUCUUUGGUAUUUGAUAAUACUACAAUGCCUAGACACUGUGUCAUAUAAUUAAACCCAGAAAUUUUAAAGCUAAAAAACAGCCCUGGUUCUAAAUAUUAUAGUAAGCAAUAUUUUCAAAAGCUUAACAAAAGGUUACUUUUUGCCUACUUUCUUGAUGUAUGCAAUAAAGUUGCCAAAAAGGUAAAUUGGCUCUGCAAUAGAAAUCUUCUUCCUAUUUAUAAAACAAAUAUACAUGAAAUGCAUAUUAAUACAUGCAGAAUAACUGCAAUAUCAAAACUUCACUGAGAAUAGAAUUAGGAGUAAACACUUAGAAGAUGUCAUAGCUGAUAUAGAUGAUAAUAAGCAUUGAAUAACGGUUUCUAUUAAAUCCUGGGUGGCAAUGCAAGCUCCAAAUCUGAUUUAGCACAUGGAAAGCUAAACCAGAAGACACAUAAACCUGCAACCAAUUUGACUGUAUAGCACAUUCUAGGUCAGUUUAAUCUAAAGAGGAAGUUUAAGGACAACUCAAGGAAUGGUAAGACCCUGUCUCAAAAAGAGAAGAGCUAAUCCUUUGUCUUAAUAUAUGGAUUGAUAAUUUUUAAUGUGCUGUUUAACUUGUGCCUACAUAUUUAACCAAUUGUAUUUAUGGCAUCUUACUAUAUUACAAACUACCAAGCAAGCAAGAAAGGUGCCAAUCAUUUGUAAGAUGCCAUGGAUUCUAAGUACAUUCUUAAUUUAGAUAUGUAAAAUUGCAAUAUUUACCACAAAAGCAAGGUAAUACCUCCUGUUUUCUGAUGUGCAUGCUUAAAAUCUGAUCAAAUUUCCAUAGCAUGAUUUUUUAAAUAUAAUUUUUCUACUUUUCUUUUAUUGUGGAUCAAGUUUUUACAUAAUGUAUUCUGAUUAAUGGUUUCACUUCUCUAAACUCCUAUGAGAUCCUCCCCAUCUCCCCUCACAUCAAAAUCCACAACUUUUCUGUCUCUCCCUUAGAAUACAUACGCAUCUUAAUAAUAAUAAUAAUAAUAAUAAUAAUAAUAAUAAUAAUAUAAAAUUUAGAACAACAAAAAAACAGAAGAGGGGAAAAAGCAGGGGCAACAUAUAUGGAAGGAGAGACACACACACACAUGCACACAUAGGAAUCCAAUAAAAAACACAAAAAUGGAAGCCGUGAUAGAUGCACAAAGGACCUUGAAGGUUACAAUAAAUAAAAAUAAAAACCUUGACAAAACAUAAUAUGACAAAGAACCUCAACAGAUGUCAUUAAGUUUAUUUUGUCUUGGCUAUGUACUGCUUGUCAUUGGGUUUGUAUUCCAAUUCAUGAGGCACGAAUGGAGAGAACUGAUUUUUCAUUUGGGAGUAGUUAUGAACUGGAGAUAACUUCUGGGUUAGGGAUGGGGGUUGUGUUAAAUUCUCCUCUUAGUUCUGGGACCUUAUCUGGUGCUGAACCAGGCAAGUUCUGUGUACACUGCCAUAGUCUCCAUGAGUUCAAUGUGCUUAGAGGAUCUUGGUCCCUCUAUCCCCUCUUGUUCUUACAAAUCUUUCUGACUCUUUUUCCAUAGGAAUUCCUAAGUCUGGAGGAAAAGGAUAUGAUGGAGAUAAUCCAUUUAGGACAGAGUAUAUCAAAGUCUCUUGCAGUCUGAACAUUGUCUGGCUGUUGGUCUUUGUAUUUGUUCCAAUCUAUUACAAGAGGAGACUUCUCUGAUGAUGACUUAACAAGGCACAAAAUUAUGAAUAUAGUAAUAUGUCAUUA